CACACAGUAGUUGCAGAAGGAAGAACAAGACGAUGAUGACGAUGGAAAGGGGAAGAAGAUGAAGAUGAAGAUGAAGAUGAAGACGAUGAUGAUGAUGAUGAACAAUGGAAUUGGUUGAAAUUAAUUAAUCGAAUCAAUCACCAAUUGCUUACGAUUUGAUUUGAUUUGAUUUGCUUCAUUCAAAAUCAUGAAACCUAAUAAUCUACCUCCUCCACUCGUUAAUCGUCGUCGCCGUCCCGAUCUAACACUACCUUUACCUCUCCGUGAUCCAUCCUUAGCAGUUCCACUUCCAUUACCGCCACCAUCCGCACCUUCAUUCUCAACAAACUCAAAUCAUCUCCAUCUCAUGCCGUCUUCCAUGGCUAUUCCCGAUAUGGACAGACUCAACCGGAUCGGAAGUGGUAGCGGAGGAACAGUUUACAAAGUGAUUCACCGUCCAACAGGAGGAAUCUACGCACUCAAAGUUAUCUACGGAAAUCACGAGGAUUCAGUCCGUCGUCAGAUCUGCAGAGAAAUCGAAAUCCUCCGAGAUGUAGAUUAUCAAAACGUAGUGAAAUGUUACGAUAUGUUCGAUCACGCCGGAGAGAUUCAAGUUCUUUUAGAGUAUAUGGAUGGAGGUUCUCUCGAAGGUUUACAUAUUCAUCGUGAAUCUGCCUUAGCUGAUCUCGCGAAACAAGUUCUUUCCGGUUUAUACUAUCUACAUCGAAGGAAAAUCGUUCAUAGAGAUAUCAAACCGUCUAAUCUAUUGAUUAAUUCGAAGAAACAGGUGAAGAUAGCUGAUUUUGGUGUUUCUAGAAUACUAGCGCAGACGAUGGAUCCUUGCAAUUCAUCUGUGGGGACUAUUGCUUACAUGAGUCCAGAAAGAAUCAACACAGAUCUUAAUCACGGGAGGUAUGAUGGUUACGCCGGCGAUAUCUGGAGCUUGGGGGUUAGCAUUCUUGAAUUCUACGUGGGUAGAUAUCCGUUUUCGGUUUCGAGACAGGGAGAUUGGGCUAGCUUAAUGUGUGCGAUUUGUUUGGCGCCGCCGCCGGAGGCACCGGAGACGGCUUCACGUGAAUUUAAGGAUUUCAUAAGCUGUUGUUUACAGAGGGAACCGACUAAGAGAUGGUCGGCGGUUCAGUUGUUACGGCACCCAUUUAUUUCUCCACCACAACUACAGCCACAACCAAAACCGCAGACCCAUCAGCUAAUGCCGCCGCCGCCGCCGCCACAUUUUUCAUCUGCUUAGGAAAUGGGUGAUUUAGGUUUAGAUUUUGAAGGGAGGAAGAAGAAGAAGGGGGAAGUUAUUUUUGUUGAUGAUUAUGAAUUAUUAUUGUUGUUGUUUGACUUGAUUAAUGGAUUAAUGGGGGAGGAGAAAGGGAAAAUCUUUGACUCCUAAUUCUUAAAUUGAAUGUUUUCUUGUUAGAAUGUGAUAUGGUUUUUGAUGGGUUGAUUUCCCUUUUGCCGGUUUUGAUUGAAAUUCCGGCCAUUCGCCGUCGUGUUCGCCGGCGUUUGUGGUUGGGACAAAAAAGAUUCCCUAUCAAUUCAUACGAGGCACUGACCUGGAUUACUUUUUUAUAUUGAUCAUCAAUCCAUCAUUAUCUCUUU